AUGAGCCGGGCGUUUUGUUCCAUCCGCAGCCUGUUCUUCAAUCGGGGGCGACAGGUUAUUGCGCCGCAAAUCAACACAAGUGAUAUUAACAGAACAAGAAAUUCCAAGAAGAAUAUGUUGACCACCGUACGCAACGACGGCCUGGCCAUUAUCCACGACCUUAAUAUGAUUGAGUCGAACACUUGUCUGGAAGAUGACAAUCUUGUGUGGCUCUUCACCGCUUAA